AUGCACCUAAUAGCUCUUUCGCCUCCUGUUCGUCUGGUCGCAGAGAUCUCUCUCCUGCUCCUCUGCAUCCCUUCCAACGAUGCCUUAAUCCGCGCCGUGUACAACCACAACGGCAUCAGCCAAGAUUUCGAUGCCUUGCCUUCCCAUUUUGGGCCUUCCCUCCACCGCGAAGGUCUUCUGGGUUACCUUGUGGAAGCCAAGCCAGCCAACGCCUGCCAACCCAUCGACACGCCGCCGCCGACCAACAGCUCCUCCACUGCCUUCAUCGCUCUCAUCCAGAGGUACGAUUGUCCCUUCACCACUAAGGUCCUUCACGCCCAGCAAGCCGGGUACCACGCCGCCAUCGUGCACAACGUUGACUCGCAGGCUCUGGUGACCAUGUUGGGUGAGAACGAGGCCAUGAAGGAGUCGGUCAGCAUCCCUUCCUUGUUCAUCAGCGAGUCGGCUUCCACCCAGCUCAGAAGGAUAUUCCAUUAUGACCAAACCGCUUACAUCAUCCUCGUCCCUGAAUGCCAUUGGCUGUCCUGCUGGGAUGCCGAGCACAACUGCCAAUCACAUCCUCAAACGUCUAGGCAAGGCCUCCUGAAGCAGAAGUUCCCUUGCCUGCCGACGCGCUGCCACUUGUUCAACAGCAUCCAUUACCUCCUGUUUGGCCUCACCCUGUUCAUCUGGGUGGUGGCCUUGUAUGUCCUCUGCUGCAUGUAA